AUGAUGCUCACUGCCUUCCUGCUUGCGAAAUGCUCAGGAUUCCGAAGCACAGGUCAAGGCAGGAAGUGCGGUGGCGUUGAAGAGGUGAGCACGGAGUCUGGGAUUCCUGGUCUUCACUACAUCUUCGAUGCGCUUGUACGCUUCCCAAGCCGCUCGUUUCCUCCUGCCCAGCUCGAGGGUCAAGUCGUUCAUCAUGUUCAAUUCCCGACCCAAAUAAAUGUAACUGGUGCAUUCGGAUAUGUUCGUUCGGUUAAGCGUGAAUGGGGCAUCCGAGACCCAUCCGUUCAGCAUGAACAUCGUCUUGACCAGAUUCAGCUGAAGACCGAUGCAUCAACAUGUUUCGUCGAAUUCUGUCAGUAUUCGUUCCGCUUGGCUGAUGCUAGGUGUCACCAGUACGAUGUCAUCAGCAAAGCACAAACGGUGUAG